AUGUCUCAGAUUCCCAUUUCUUGUAAAACUCAUAGAUUCCAGAGUCUUUGUAGCUAAGCCACUUUUGAAUGUUGCAGUAGCUUGUUUUCUUAAUUGGAGUCUACUUUUAGAGUGCUUGGUCUUGUAUAUUGCUGUUGGCUAUGAUUCUUGAAGCGGCACAUGGAAUAAAGCAUAGGAAUGGAAAAGACUCUGGUUUUCUAUAUUCACUGAAGGAAAAUGCAGUUUUAAAAUGCAUUGUUGCUGCUGAUGACUGUACACAUGUAAAAAUGACACUACUGUAUUAGCUAGAAUUUUGAUCUGUCUCGAUUUGUUGGGUUUUGCUCCAUUGGAAACCUCCUCCAACAGCUAAUGUAGUUUGUAUUCACUGCUUUCCAAGACCAACUUCUCCAACAACAAUGAUUUUCGAGCUCUGCUGCAAUCUCUUUAUGCUACAUUCAAGGAAUUUAAAAUGCACGAGCAGAUUGAAAAUGAGUGUAUCAUUGGUUUGCUUCAGCAGCGUAGCCGGACAGUGUACAAUGUGCACUCGGACAACAAACUCUCAGAGAUGCUUAGCCUUUUUGAGAAAGGGCUAAAGAAUGUAAAGAAUGAAUAUGAACAGCUAAACUAUGCGAAACAGCUGAAGGAGAGAUUGGAAGCCUUUACCAGGGAUUUCCUUCCUCAUAUGAAAGAGGAAGAGGAGGUUUUUCAGCCAAUGUUGAUGGAAUACUUCACUUAUGAAGAGCUGAAAGAUAUUAAGAAGAAAGUAAUUGCACAGCACUGCUCACAGAAAGAGGCUGCAGAAUUCAGAGGUCUCAGUAAGUGGAAUCAAGCAGAAGAGCUUCAGAAGGUCUUUAAGUAUUCUGUGGAUGAGAAGGCAGAUCAAGAAACCGAAGUAACAGGGCACACCACAAAUAUUACUAAUCUCCCUCCUGAAGUAAUGGUGACCAUUUUCAGUUACCUUAACCCCCAAGAGUUAUGUCAGUGUAGUCAAGUAAGCACUGAAUGGUCACAGUUGGCUAAAACUGGAUCUCUGUGGAAACAUCUUUACCCUGUUCGCUGGGCCAGAGGUGAUUGGUAUAGUGGUCCUGCAGCAGAUACUGAGACCGAACCUGAUGAGGAAUGGGUGAAAAAUAGAAAAGAUGAAAGUCGUGCUUUCCAGGAAUGGGAUGAAGAUGCUGACAUAGAUGAAUCUGAAGAAGCAGCUGAAGAUUCACUUGCCAUUAAUAUAGCACAAAUGGAAAAGCGUUUACUUCAUGGCCUAAUUCAUCAUGUCCUCCCGCUUGUAGGCUCCUCAGUGAAGACAUUGGUAUUGGCCUACAGUUCUGCAGUGUCCGGCAAAAUGGUUAGACAGAUCUUGGAGCUUUGCCCCAACUUGGAAUAUUUGGAUCUCACUCAAACCGAUAUUUCAGACUCUGUAUUUGAAAGCUGGUGUUCAGUUGGCUGUUGUCAAAAUCUACGCCACCUUGAUCUGUCUGGGUGUGAAAAAAUUACAGAUGUGGCUAUAGAGAGGAUUUCCAGAGCACUGGGUAUCAUAUCAACUCAUCAUACCAGAGGUAUUCUGAAAAGCUGCAGGAACAGGAACACUAAGACUUGGUGGAAAAACAGAGAGAUUACUCUGCAGUCCCACCAGAAGUAUAAUGGUUUGCAUGAAAUCAGCAAUGAAAAACUCAUUCAGGGAGGAAAUGGUGAGCAGCACUGGACUAAACCUGACGGCUCAGAAAACUUCAGUUCUGCUUAUGUGUGGAUGCUAGAUGCAGAUGAUUUAGCUGACAUUGAAGAUGCUGCAGAGUGGAGACACAGAAAUGUUGAAGGAUUUUGUCUUAUGGAACCAACAUCCCAUAUUAAUUGUUCUGCAUUGUGCUACAGUAGAGACAUUUAUGGGUUAAGGACUAGAGGGUGGCAGCAGCACUGUGCUUCUACUGACUUGAUUUACUGCGGUCACUCAUUUUGUUGUGCUGGCACAGCACUAAGAACUAUUCGAGCACUUCCAGAGUCCUCUGCACUGUGUAAAAAUCCAAUAAGGACUAAGCAGUCAGAGAAAAAAGACUCUGCAUACUCUGGGAGUGAAAAAACAGAGGAAGAGACUGCACGAGUUCUUCAGUUUCUCAGUCUGUCAGGCUGUUACCAGAUAACAGACCGUGCUCUCAGGGCAUUGACUCUGGGAGGAGGACUGCCGCAUUUGGAACACCUGAACCUCUCGGGGUGUCUCACUGUAACUGGUGCAGGCCUGCAGGAGUUAGUUUCUGCAUGUCCCUCUCUAAAAGAUGAACACUUUUACUACUGUGACAACAUUAACGGUCCUCAUGCUGAAACCGCCAGUGGAUGCCAGAAUUUGCAGUGUGGUUUUCGGGCCUGCUGCCGCUCUGGCGAAUGACCGCUGACAUCUGAUCUUUCGGUCUACUUCCCUUAGCUGAGCAGGCUUCCUCUCAUGCACUUUACUUACAGCUCGCAUCUUGUGUUAACAAUCCUUGGAGUGAGACUUGUUAUACUAGCCUGACCCUGCCCACAACUUCAGAAUCUUAAUUAUGAGUGUACUGUACAGUGUUGUAACAAUCUCACAACCUCAUUUGGCUUGAAGGGUGUUGGGUUUUAUUUGACAUAAUUUGGGGAAGAUGGGAAAAUCUUCGGAUUUUUUUUUAAGGCCACUUUAUUCAAGUUUUGGCACUUAACUGUACUUUACUGAAUUAUUUUGUGUUAGGUGACUUUCUUUUUUUAAUUUUAAAUCCGUAAGUACAAUAUGAACCUCUGCAGAGAAUUUGAAUUUUACUGUUUGCAUUUGGGUAACAAUUGUACAUCUUUAGGAGCCUGGUUUCUUCCCCUUUGCUCUCAUCCUGAAGUUGUUCUUUAUAUUGCAAAAUUAGGGAAAUUGCCACCUUCCUUUUGCAUUUGGUUUUGUAUUUGGGCUUGAAAGACAUAAAUAAAACAUUCCCACCUAUAAAA